ACUUUGAUGUUCAACAGCAUUUAACUUGUAAAUUGUUUUCUCAUGUAAUGCACGGAUGCCAUUAGCACUCUGGGAAACUCCUGUUCAACCUCCUUCCAAUAAGCAAAGUAUCAAAGGAUAUGAAAAAUCAAAAAUCCUUGCCCAAGCCCAGGUUGCCUGCUGACUGGAGUUAUUUAAUUUUGAAGUGUAGUUAAGUGAGCAGAAUUAUGCUUUAAACAAGCUAAAAUUGUGCUUUAAAAAAUCUUUAAAAGUUGAAGGCUUGUAGUGGAAAUAAAUUGAAAGGGUUAUUGCAAUAUCAUGGCUGAAGAUAAUAUUGUUUCGUCAAAUUUAGGAGUAAUGUUUGGACUUGAUGAAAAUAUUAAUCCUUUGAAAUCUACUAACUUGCUCUCAUGUUCUUCAGAAAGAGAAGAUAACCAAAAUACACUCUUUACUAACUCACAUGCUAUUGCAAUGAUACAAAAGCUCUCUGAAUUCAGAAAACUUUCAACAAACACUUCAAAUAAGCGUAAGACUGAUCAGCCUGAAACAAUUACCUUAGAGAAAAAUGUUUCCUUUCAAACAAGUACAAACACAGUGUCUUCCAAUGCAGUAAGUUUAAAUGAGUGUAUGACUGGUGCUGUUUCAAUUCUUAAUGGUGCACAUACAUAUCCAGCUCUUACAUUAAAAGCUGAUAUUCUGCAUCAAGAUGAUGUAGGUAAUGAACAUCAAAUAUCAUCAUCUGCUGAAUACAAAGAAAGAGAACUGUAUCAUGAAGUAUCUCAUACAAAUUCCUUCGUGAAGAAUGAGUUAGAUCAGGAAUUGUCAUCUGGUUGCUUGGUUGAAAAUCAUAGCGAAGCUGGUCCUGAUGUAGCAGAGUUUUCUGAAGAUGAGCUUCGAUCAGUAGCUGAAUUGUUCAAAGAGCCUUCUGCCUUCCACUUUUUCCAGAAGGCCUCAAAUUCCAAGCUAUUGAGGGAAUCUCCAUUAGGGCGUUUGUCUUUGCUUGUGAAACUUGACUCCACCUGCAAAAGUGGAAUUGAAGGCAACCAAGAAAAAGGGCAGGAUUCUGGAUUAGAUAUAAGUGGUGACAGCAACUCUUUAAAUGCUGCCUGUGGCAAUGAUAAAGAUUAUGAGAGGGUGCAAUCUAGCAUAGCCAUGACGACUGAUUCUGCAGCCUUGUCUGAUGAUCCAAUCCUAAUUGAUAUUGAUUCUUUCUCCAUGAAGAAAAUGGAGAAAAAUAGUACUAGUCAUCAAGGCUCCCAUUGUGUUCAAGAGCAUAAAUUAUUUACUGAAGAAGAAUUCAGUAAAGCUUUGAAAAUGCAAGAGCUUCUAUUUCAUGAAAAACAGUUAAAGCGUGACAAAGAACGUUGUGAUCAAGUCAAACUCUUGGAAAGGGAGAAGCAAGUUUUGAAAAAUCAAGUUGUUGCUAUGACCAAAGGACAUAGAGCAUCAAGAGGAAUUUUGGAGGAGCUGCUAAAUAUCUUUACAUUAUGGCUCACUGCAAAGGAACAAGAACGAGUUGAAAUGACUAGCAACAACCAGAAAUUGCUAAAAGAGCGUGAUCAGGCUUUAGAAGAUCUUCAAAAUGUAGAAACUGCAUUUGCUGAUUUACAUAGACGUUAUGAAAAUUGUAAAUCUGUACUGGAAGGAUAUAAACAGAAUGAAGAACGAAUAAAGCAACAGGUAGUUGAACUUCAAGUCAAAUUAAAACAACAAGAGCAAAUGUAUGAAAUGCUGAGAUCUCGAAUUCAAGAUAAGUUGGAGAGUGCUAAUGCUGAAAUUGAAAGUGCUAGAAAAUCUGGAGAUGCUGAAGUCACUGUACUUAGAGCUCAGCUGAAAAAAGCAGAGAUGAAGAUAUCCAGUUUGGAAAAGGAUAUUGAGCAAAAGAACAAAGAAAAUAUUGAGCUCUCAAGCAUAUGUGAUGAUCUCAUAGCUAAAGUUGGGAAAUCAUAAUAUGCCUCAAAAACAUUUUUCCAUGAUGAGUCUGAUAACACACUAUUUGCUCUUAAAAACUGAAAGAGAGAAAGAAUACUCCUUAAAUGUUAUCAGUCUUCUCAACUUGUUGAGCAGUAUCAGUCUGCAUACUUGUAUCUACUGUUUUGUUAGUUAUAAUUCAGAUUCAGAUUGACCAGGUGCUUUUCAUAUAAAGCAUCCUUAUGUAAAAUAUGAGACCUUUGUUGACAAUUCUCUGCUGCCUUUUUUUCUCUUGACUUUUUUUUAAGUUAUGUUUUUAGCAUAUAUUUUAACAGCAAGCUGAGUAAUAAAUUUCUUCAGAAGUUUUGCUUGAUCAAACUGUGAUUGUAAGUUAUUAUUCAUGUAUGUUUAUCUGUAAUAUAAAAAGUAUUACUGUAAAAUAAACUACAAAUAGCUAACCACGUGACAAAAUAACUAUGUGUAACAUUUUUGUUCUAGAAUGUUUCACUUUGUCUUUUUGUCUGUAGAAUAAGGCACAUAAAUAGAAUGUAAAUUUUUACUUAAAACACAUGAAUUUUGCCUUUGCACUUGAGCUGACACCUGGAAAAUGCUUUCUCUCUUAUGCUAUGUUUUUUUUUAAACAUAAGUGACGAAAGCUUUAUUAACCCCUUCAGCACCAGGGACAUACAUAUUGUACAUUACAUAAUUGCAAUACAUUUAUUAUUUUGCUGCAAAUUUAUCUUCAAAUUUAUUGUUUGUGAUAUUAUUUCAUUAUUAUUUUCUUCUACUCGGACAUGUUUAUUUUUCAUGCUUUAUUCCCACAGAAGUUAAAUAUUUUCUUUUAAACUUUUUAAAACUUCACACAUCUGGUAUUAUGAUCAAUGUUGCUAAAAUCUGAUAUAGCGCUGAAGAGGUUAAUGUUAUCCCAUAAAGUACUUAAAAUUUUGUAAGUGAAAAAAGUUUAGUACAACCUUAUAAUGUCAGCCAUGCGUGCUUUCUAUCAUAACGUUUGACUUUUUUCAUACUAUAUAUAUUUUUUUAAGUUUUAUGUUUAUAUUUUAUAUUUGAUGCAAUUUUUAUUAAAGCUUUGUAAAAAAAUAAUUCUAUUGCGAUAACUGAAAUGAUUUUGUGUCAUAUGUUAUUUAUGUAAUCAAUUCUAGCAGUAUUGACUUGUGCUUGUUUGUUUUUACUCAUGACAACAGUGCUUUCAAGUUUCCAUUUUAAUUUAUUGACACACAUUGUUUUCCUUUUUUAUAACAUUUUAAUGUAUUAUUUUUUUUAAUCUAAAAACAUUACUCUUGCAUUGUUAAUUUUUAUUAAUUUAUUUAAUUUGCUUGUACUUAUUAUAUUGUAAAAUUGAGAAGAUGAUUUCAAAAAAUGUAAAAUGUAUGAAUUUUUGAUAGAUGUUUUAUAUUAUGUUACUGUUCAAUUGUGGCAUAAAUUUUUUAUGUUGAGGUUUUGUUGAAUUAGUUUCAUUUUACACUUCCAUGUACAUAAUUUGAUGCUAAAGUUCACUACAAAAUUAAUAAAUUAAUUUUAUAAAUAUAUUUUACAUGUGUAUUGUCAAUUAAAGUUCUUAAUGUGUAUUUGACUAACUUAAAUCUAUAAAAUAAAAAAAAUAAUAAUUUUUUUCGAAAA